AACAAUAGCAGCAAAGAAGAAGAUUUGUAUUGAAAUGGAAGAAAUAGUUACUAUUGAUUGGAAUGAUUCUAAGUUCGAGAAAGAUGAAAUAUAUGAACACAUCAAUGCUCCCCAGUGGCUAGAUUUUUCCAAUGCUGCAAAUUCUCUUCGUCGCCUUCAUGAUGAUGAUGUCGACGAUGAUGAUGCUUGGUUUUGCCGACCUGAUUGUAAUCAUCCUAAAACAGCUGAUGAUAUCUUCGUCAAAAUAGUGCCAAAUCACUUUAAGGAUCAAAUAUCGGAUAAUGUCUCCCAGAUCCCUUCACUAGAUGACCGAAAUCGGAGCCCAUUUAGCAAAACAAAAGCAAAGAAAACAAGAAACCCGUUAAGAAAAGUCACAAGAAUUACUGAAAAUGUUCAGGAUAGUGAGAAUCAAAACCCGAAUUUCUUAACUCAAACAGAUUAUCUCAAAUCGAGCAUACACAGGAAAAAGACAGAUGACAGUUCUACAUUAAAAGAAGAAACUCCAAGAAGGCUGAAAAGUACAUUUUCAGCACGGAAUUUGUUUGCAGGAAAAAAUAUAUUGAAUCAGAUAACAGAUUUUUGCAGUGAAUUGAAAAAACUGGCAACAAGAAAAAAGGAGAAAAUUUAUGAACAUCACGAGAAAACGACUGCACAAAUGAAACUGGAAAUGGGAGUGUUGCAAGAGAUUGAAAUUCAAAAGAAGCCUUUGUUAGAAGCAAGAAAAGCGAAAAAUGAAGUUAUGGAUAAAAAACCAGAAGCAAUGGCAAAGAAAAACUUGGACAUAAAAAACAGAUCGACAACACAUCCAAGAAUAUGGGAGAUUGGCAAUACUAAAUAAGUAUAUAUGUUAUUAUGUUCCAUAUAAGUUUUGAGAGCCUACACAUUUUCUUGCUUAAAUGUUAGAGAUAAGAGGUAU